AGCACGCUCCGAAAAUAUGGCGCCCUAAAUAAUAGUGCCCUACUUACAGUCGCGUCACACGCGUCGCACUUAAUCCUAAAAAAUUGCGCGACUAUAAGGUUCGUGCGCGAGUGAUAACACCAAAUUCUCUGCGUGCUGCAUGACCGUUAUAAAAGCGCGAUCCGGCAUUACACACAAUGAAUUGUUAAAACGAGAGGUCGUAUUCCUUAACACUUAACAUCGAAGAACAAUCACAUGUGACGUCCGAUGUUAUAUAACGCUAAGCUCCUCAGGAAUUUUUCAAACACGAACCAAAUCGUAAUUUGACCAGUAACCUAAGGCGCCAUUUCACGCGCGUACUGAAAAAGCCUCCAAGAUGGCGCAAGAGACGAUGAAGCUGAAGCCUGUUGGAGCAAACAAAAAUUAUUCGGAUGAUUCUAGGAAUGUGGAAAGAGGAGAAGGCAGCCCGCAAGAUGACGAUUACGAUCCGCAUCUGCACAGGAAUGUCGAGCAUCCAACAAGCAAUACGGAGACGCUCAUCCAUUUACUUAAGGGUAGUUUGGGCACCGGUAUCUUGGCGAUGCCGGAAGCUUUCAAGAACUCCGGCCUGACGAAUGGAUUCAUUUGUACAAUUCUCAUCGGUAUACUGUGUACAUACUGCCUUCAUAUUUUAGUAAAAGCUCAAUAUAUUAUGUGUAAGCGACUGAAAGUUCCAAUUUUAACAUAUCCAGAGUCAAUGAAGGUAGCUUUAGAAUCGGGACCACAGUGUCUUCGCAAAUUUGCAAAUAUGUCACCAAUUUUAGUAGACUUCUUGGUAAUUUACCAACUUGGUAUUUGCUGCGUUUACGUGGUAUUCGUCGCAGUAAACAUCAAAGCGGUGGCUGAUCAAUAUACAGAGACAGCGAUUUCAGUCAAAUUAUACAUCCUCAUGCUUCUAGUACCUUUCAUUCUCAUCAACUCAAUAAGAAAUCUCAAGUUAUUGGCACCCUUCUCGACGUUAGCCAAUGUGCUUACUUUCGCAUCUUUCGGCAUUGUCCUUUACUACAUUUUCCAAGACCUGCCGAGUAUCGAUGAGCGGCCUCAUUUUGGAACAGCAUAUACGUUCCCAUUGUUUUUCGGAACAACUUUGUUUGCCUUGGAAGCCGUUGGUGUUGUUAUUGCGUUAGAAAAUAACAUGAAGACACCUAAAUCUUUCGGCGGCACAUGCGGCGUUUUGAACGUUGCGAUGGUUGUUAUUGUAUUUUUGUAUGUUGGCAUGGGUUUCCUUGGAUACUGGCGCUAUGGUGAACAGAGCGAGGCCAGUAUCACGCUGAAUUUCCCCCCACAAGAUGCCUUGGCGAAAACAGUCAACAUUCUUUACUCCAUUGCUAUAUUCAUCUCAUACGGCUUACAAGGCUACGUACCAGUGAAGAUUUUAUGGGACACGUACAUUUUCAAACGUCUCGAAAACAGUAACCAUCUUCUCGUCUGGGAAUACGUUCUACGCAUUGGCGCUGUCAUCGUUACUUUUGUGCUUGCCGUAACAAUUCCACUUCUUGGCUUGUUUAUUUCAUUGUUUGGUGCGUUCUGUCUCUCCGCAUUGGGAAUUGCGUUCCCGGCGAUUAUGGAAAUUUGCGUUAUGUAUCCGGAUAAAUUGGGUCCUUGCAAAUAUAUUCUCAUCAAGGAUAUUCUUUUGAUAUUAUUUGGCAUUAUUGGCUUAUGCGCUGGCAGUUACAGCUGCUUAUCGGAAAUCAUUAAUGCACUUUCUAGUGGCAGUUAAGAAUAUUAAACUGAAGCAAAUUUACAGGGUUGCACUCCACUUCGCGCCUGAUACAGUAGAAUACAAACAUAUAUAUCUAAGUAUAGUGCUAUUAUUGAUAAGAUCAAGUAAUCAUUCAUUACGUUAUCAUGUUAAGAAUUUGAAGAAGAUGAUUAUAACUUUGAAGAUGAUCUAAAACUCAAAUCAUCACGUAUAAUUGAUAUUGUUCAUGAUGAAGUUGACAGAUUGAGAUAAAAUAUAUGAAAAUGCUCUUUGGACCA